CUUCAAACAUAUCUUUUGUACAACACAUGUCGAAAGCAGUCAUGUUUACACAAAUUGUAUAUCUUUUGGAAUAACAUGAAACUCAAUAUCUUUUUCGCCGUGUAAAUCGACUCGAGCAAUUCAGCGAACGCGGUGGAUGAAGCCGAAAGCCACGAAACCAGACGACCUUGUCUCGAUGCGUUGGGUUGCGGUUAGCUUACGCAAUGGAUGAGGGCAAGAAAAAAGCAGGAGAAGCCGCAGCCACAGCUGCCAAAGAAGCAGCGGCAUCAGCUGCCCAGGCGGCCAAGGCGAAGGCGGCAGGAGCCAAGGAAGCGGCAGGAGCAGCAGCCACUGCGGCCAAGGACAAGGCAGGAGCGGCAGCAGCAGCAGCAAAGGACAAGGCAGGACGGGCGGCAGUCUCAGCAAAGGAUAUAGCAGGAGCGGCAGCAGUCUCAGCCAAGGAUAAGGCAGGAGCGGCAGCAGCAUCAGCAAAGGAUAAGGCAGGAGCGGCAGCAGUCUCAGCCAAGGAUAAGGCAGGAGCAGCAGCAGCAUCGGUAAAGGAUAAGGCAGGAGCAGCAGCAGUCUCAGCCAAAGAGAAAGCCGCAGGAGCAGCAGUGGCCGUCCAGCAGAGUGCAUCCAGUGCGGCCAUUGCAGUCAGGGAUAAGGCAUCGAGUGCAGCAGAAUACACGAAAGAAAGAGCCACAGCUGCCGCAGCUGCAACAAGGGAAACUGCAACGUGGGCUGCCUCGACGGCCAAGGAAAAGUCCGCAGCAGCAGCAGUUGCGGUCCGGGCAAAGGCAUCUGCAACAGCCGUUACUGCCAGGGAGUCGGUGACUGCAGCGGCAGUUGCAGCGCAAGAUGCAGCAGCAGCAGCCAAGGAUAAAGUUGCCACUGCAGCGACAAGUGCGGCGGCAACUGCAAAGUCGAAAGUAACAAAGCCGAAACAGGAUGAAAUGUAGCUAUUCAGUUGUGUUGCAUGAUGUCACAUAGGGCAUCAGUAAAAACUGGGAACCCAUUGGCAAAAUGCGUGGCAUCAAGCGUGGCAUGAACAAUAUGAUGCGCGGCAGCAACAACGGAAGCUGCAACAUAAUAAAAUACCAUUCAGCGCAAAUGGCUGGACAUCAGCAGCAGCAAUAGCAACAACAGCAGUAGCAGCAGCAGCAGCAGCAACAGCAGCAGCAUCCCCCGCAGCAACAGAAAAAGCAGCAGCAGAUGGUCCGUUGGAAGUCCAGAGGCCGCAGGCAAAUGAAGCCGGUCGAGCGAGGAGAUUGUCAUCUGCGCCGACUGUGACCUCUACACUGGACCAAACCCCUGCCGCUCCCCUUCCCUUCCUUCACCCUAGCCACAAAUUAGUCAAGAAAAUCAAAAGUCAAGCCUGUCUGCAGAUUAGCAUCGUUAAUUAUUCAUAGUAAAUCAAAGCGUUCUCCAAAUGCCAGAGAUACAAGUGAACUUUGUAAA